CUUCGUCACUUUGAUCUACUUACCUGUGAAUUACCUAUAAUCUAUAAAUACAUCUGCGCAUGCCAAUGAGAGGAAAUCUAUUUUGCAAUAGCAGAUUGCAAACACGGAUGCUAUCGUUGUAAAUAUUAAAUCUUCGGUGUCAGGAUUUUUAAUAAGAGAACGUCGGACAUUUUUUUUCUUAAAAAUAUCCGACCUUGUUUCAUGUUGAAGUUGUUAGUAUUUAACUUGAUCGAUGUCCGUGGGUGAUAUCACUCAGAAUUCGUUUACUGGAAUGGAGAAAAGCGGUCCACCUCCUACGUCGCCCCCAGCCUAUUCAGGACCGAGCACUGGUUAUGAAUUACCGGGAAUCUCGGGGAUUUCUGUAAUUGGAGCGACAGAUAUUGUUACACCGGACCAAGUACAUGAAUUAAGUCCACCGCCGGCUUAUGACGCCAUAUUCACACGAAGAACUACAGAUCCGCCCAAGUCAUACAAAACGAACGCGUACAAAGGAGAUGACCGGAAUCUCUGGGAAAAAGUUCACGAAUGGUUUGAAUUAUCAA